CCACUCAUCAACCAUCCGCGCUACAACCAGACAAUCUGCCCAGAAUCAUACUCAAUUGUUUAAAUGCCUUUUGUUAUAUCGUUUAGUGCUCAAGUUAUGGAGAACAAAGCGCACAAUCCUAUACAAUGACAUUCUCACCACAAAGCGGGCUCAAGAAAGAGCCGGGACAAAGAUGGGCUUCAAUCCUGGGUUAGCACAAUGGACUCGGUUACUAAAAAUGGCUGGACAAUGCCGCCUCGAGAUCUCUCUUUCGAAAUGAUCGGUUGAGGUGUCAUUGUUCGAUUUGUACUCGGUAGUUGACGACCAUGGCCAUCAUCAAAUUCUUUGCUUCAUAAGUAGGAGUAAAGACCCUGAUGCCAUCGCCAUGGUGUUCAUCGAACAGCGACACUAGAGCUACAAAGAUCACUUUUGGGGUGAAAGAAACACACUAAGCCAAGAUGCCUCCACCACAAGAGAUCAUCAACCGCGCCCCUAGGGAGGCCAUGGACGUCUUCAUCAUGGGGGCCAACGACAAAGGUCAACUGUGCAUGGGUCCCGGUUAUAGAGAGCGCACGAUCGUUCAAAAGCCGGCGCGAAACCCUUACCUAAGCGAGGAUCACCAAACCGUUGCUAUAGCCGUGGGGAACAACCACUGCUUAGCGCUCACAGCAGAUAACCGGGUCCUGUCCUGGGGCUCGAACACACAUGGCGCCCUCGGCCGGACAACGCGCCUAUGGCAGCUUGGCGACGGCAGAUGGGUACCUUGGAGUCGGGUUGAGGGCGAGGACGACAAUCCAGACUCACCAGAAGGACGGAGAAUCGAUUCCAUUCUGCAAACACCUCGCCAUAUCAACUCCAUCGCCAUCGAACGUGGCACCGUCUUCACUCAGGUGGCCGUGACCGAUCAUGCUUCCUUUGCCUUGACCGAAACGGGUGAGGUCUAUGGAUGGGGUGCUUUCGAGUACUACGGCGGCGAGAACGAUGCUAUGCACCACUUUUACGCCUUCCACCCCUACCAUAUGGAGUGGCCCGAACAAGGGCCAUUGCGCAACCAACCGUCGCCCCUGAAGAUCCGCUUCCCCACGGACAACCCGCAGAUUAUCCAAAUCGCGUGCGGUUCCAACCACGUCCUGGCCCUUUCCAAAUCCGGUCUCGUCUAUUCGUGGGGUACCCCGGAUAUGAAUAUCCUGGGCCGGCGCUACUUGAGUCGCCGCCUACGAAACCCCCGCUACCGCCACGAUCCCUACGGCAACAUGAACCACCCCUUUGCGCCCGGUGUGGUGGCCAACUUGGUCAACAUACGAUAUAUAGCCUGCGGCGCCAACUUUAGCUUUGCGGUGACGAAGCCGCUUACGCGCGGGAACCGCAAAGGGGCACAGUUAUGUUACGUUUGGGGACAGAACGACGACAUGCAGACGACGCUUCCUCUGUCGAAAGCCCCCUUUGUGGAAACACCUGGACAUCCGGAUGCGCCAGACGGGAAUCGUAUGAGGGUUGUCCUGUAUCCGACGGAGGCGCCGUGGCUGAGCGGGAUCGGCCACACGGACGACGAGCCAGAGACGGCGAUCAAGGCGAUUUCCGGGGCCUUGAGAUACGGGCUCGCGAUUCGGCGGAACGGGUGGGGAGAAGUGUGGGGGAACGAACACGAGAUGCCGAAUGCCAUGGGCGUGGUGAACCAAGACAACGAGCCGCUGAUUCCUGCUGUUCCGCCCGGGAAUGAUUAUGCCCAGGCUCCGCAGUUUGCCGGGUGGCACUACUUCCAUGAUAAUCGCAGAUGGGACCAGGUGGCGACGGGCAGGCAACACAGCCUCGCAGUUGAUCAGGACGGGAAGGUUUACGUCUGGGGUUCCAAUGCACAAAAUCAGUGCGGCGUGCCACGCCCCACCGGCUACCCUAACAUUGAUGUUAUCGACCGCCCGACCCUGCUUCAAGAAUUUGUUGAAGGGAGGAUUACUCUCUUUGUUGGGGCGGGUGCAAGGUACAGCGUGUUUGGGUUUGCGAAGGGACGUUUCCGAAACGAAGACGGUGGGAACGUGGACGAUGUUGAAGUACCGGCUGAUUUCAGGCGGUCAAUAUUAGAUUUCAAUGACGAUGAUGUUGAAGUCGGGGGAGAUUGAUGCAGGUGGCCGGCCCAUCGAGGGAUUGAUCAUUAUGCACCCGUUGUGGUACUUGGAUAUACUAUAUAGAUUUUUGGAUAAUAA